AGUGACACGUUAAAUGUUGUAUGUUUUAUUAUUUUACAUGCAUCUGUGGAAUGACAAAGCAGAAAUGAUAAAAUAAUUAUAUCCACCAACUUUUCAUAUGAAUACACAUAAAAAUAAUGGUUGUAACGAGAGCACUUAAAGUGUUUUCUGGUAUUGUUGUUACAUUAUUCCUGGGUUAUUGUAUAUAUUUUGAUAGAGUACGGCAUUCAGAUCCAUGUUUUCGAACAAAAUUACGUCAACGACGGCAACGGGAACGUGAUCGAGAAAAUCAAGAGUUUCGUUGUCCAGUCCCACCAAAAUGUAUUGAGAAUCGACAAAUUUAUUUCCUAGAACAAAUUAGUUUAGGUGAAAAAAUGUUGACAUCCGGAUACGUAGCAGAUAGUGUUUGUCAUUUUGCAAAUGCUGUUGCAAUAUGCCCAAAUCCAAAUCAAUUAAUAUGUGCACUACGUGUAACAUUACCCGAAGACAUUUUUAAAAAAUUACAAAAUCGUUUGGCUCAUAUGAAAAUAGACAGAUGUUGUAUUGGACGAAAUUAAUAAAAAUUUACCAACUUUGUAUACAUACAAUUUAGGUUGUUCAACUUCCAAUUUGAAAAAGCAACUGCCUUUAUGCAUC